AUGGAGGAAGCCGGAGCCCCGUGCGCCCCUCCGCCGCCACCACCGCCGCCGCCGCCCGCGGGGCCCCACGCCGGGCUCCCCCACCCGGCCAACCUGUCUGCCACCCCCUCGCCCAACUGCAGCGCCGCCGGGACGUACAUCUACCAGGACUCCAUCGCCCUGCCCUGGAAAGUGCUGCUCGUGCUGCUGCUGGCGCUCAUCACCCUGGCCACCACGCUGUCCAACGCCUUCGUGAUCGCCACCGUGUCCCGCACCCGGAAGCUGCACACCCCGGCCAACUACCUGAUCGCCUCGCUGGCCGUCACCGACCUGCUCGUGUCCCUGCUGGUGAUGCCCAUCAGCACGCUGUACACGGUGAGCGGCCGCUGGACGCUGGGCCAGGUGGUGUGCGAUCUGUGGCUGUCGUCGGACAUCACCUGUUGCACGGCGUCCAUCAUGCACCUGUGCGUCAUCGCCCUGGACCGCUACUGGGCCAUCACGGACGCCGUGGAGUACUCGGCCAAGAGGACUCCCAGGAGGGCGGCGCUCAUGAUCGCGCUCGUCUGGGGCUUCUCCAUCUCCAUCUCGCUGCCGCCCUUCUUCUGGCGCCAGGGCCAGGCGGGCGACUGCCUGGUGAACACCGACCACGUCCUCUACACCGUCUACUCCACCGUGGGCGCCUUCUACCUCCCCACCCUGCUCCUCAUCGCCCUCUACGGCCGCAUCUACGUGGAGGCCCGCUCGCGCAUCCUCAAGCAGACGCCCCGCAGGACCGGCAAGCGGCUGACCCGCGCCCAGCUCAUCACCGACUCCCCGGGCUCCACGUCCUCCGUGACCUCCACCAACUCGCGGGCGCCCGACGCGCCCAGCGAAUCCGGCUCGCCCGUCUACGUGAACCAAGUGAAGGUGCGCAUCUCCGACGCCCUGCUGGAAAAGAAGAAACUCAUGGCGGCCCGGGAGCGCAAGGCCACCAAGACGCUGGGGGUCAUUUUGGGGGCGUUUAUCGUGUGUUGGCUGCCCUUCUUCAUCAUCUCCCUGGUCAUGCCCAUCUGCAAGGACGCCUGUUGGUUCCACAUGGCCAUCUUUGACUUCUUCAACUGGCUAGGCUAUCUGAACUCCCUCAUCAACCCCAUCAUCUACACCAUGUCCAACGAAGACUUCAAGCAGGCCUUCCAUAAACUCAUACACUUCAAGUGCGCGACUUGACUUGCCAAUGGCAGCGGGGUCGCCAAGGGCGACCUUUGGGGACCAAGUUGGGUCUUUCCACAGGACUCCCCAGAAGAGAGUCCAAUCACCUCCGAAAGAUGAGAAGAUGCAUUCUCUUAAUCAGCACAAGUAGCCUGAAGGACCAGCUGCACAGAUGUGGAAUACCUAAGAUGCCAAAGAAGAUCCCACCCCUUUCUAGAAAGCUUUCUGCAGUGGCAGCCCUUUGCCUACAGAAGCAGCUUGUCUUUAUAAACUGGAUUCAUGCCUGCAUGAAGCGCCCCUCCAGACCAUCCAACAAUACAGGAAGUACACUGCUUGUCUGCCUCACCCGAAUGCAGGCCUUCACUCUAGGAGUAACGAUUCUUGAAAAUACACUCUUCAAAAGUUCACCUGUACUGUAGGGAACAAAAAGGGAAUUUUUUUUUUUUUCUAUCACAAUUGUACUUGUCACUGGAGUAAGAUACAAUUUUAGGCUCUAGAUAAUCCUA